CUAUUUAUUGCUAGUCGGAAGAAUUGAAAACAGCCCCUUUUUCUCUCUCUAGCACCCAAUAUAUAUACUAAUUUUACAUCUCCAACCCACUAAUCAAAUCAAGCCCACACAAACGCACCACCUUUUUUCCUUCACACACACAUCCGAAAACAGAUCAAAUCAACAAAAAUUUCAUUAAAAACCCUAUUUUUUUGGUUCUCGAUCUAAAGAAAAAAACAAAAACAAAAAUGCCUUCUGAUCAUCCCAAAUCCUCCCUCCUCCUCCAACGGAUCAACGGCACCCCCUCCACCACCGCGUGCAAGCAGUCCUACCGCCUCCCCACGGCGGCGGCUCAGGUCCCCGAGCACGUGGCGCGGUACCACGCCCACGCGGUGGGCCCGAACCAGUGCUUCUCCGCCGUGAGCCAGCACAUCGCCGCCCCCGUGGGCGCCGUGUGGUCCGUGGUCCGGCGCUUCGACAACCCACAGGCGUACAAGCACUUCGUGAAGAGCUGCCACGUGGUGGGCGGCAACGGCGAUGUCGGCACGCUGCGGGAGGUGCGUGUCAUCUCUGGGCUGCCCGCGGUCAGCAGCACCGAGCGCCUCGAGAUCCUUGACGACGAGCGCCACGUCAUGAGCUUUAGCGUCGUCGGCGGGGACCACCGCCUCGCCAACUACCGCUCCGUCACCACCCUCCACGCAGCCGGCGCCGGCUCCGUUGUCGUCGAGAGCUACGUCGUCGACGUGCCGCAAGGUAACACUAAGGAAGAAACCUGCGUUUUUGUCGACACCAUUGUCAAAUGCAAUCUGCAGUCGUUAGCUCAGAUCGCUGAGAAUAUAGCCAGACGACAAUAAAUUAUCACAAAAAAAGAAAAAUAAGAUGAAGAUUUGUUAUUAGGGAUGAUGAGAUAAUUACUAUUACUAUUACUACGUAACAUUUAAUCAGAGGAAAAAAAAAGAGAAGGAAAAAUCUCAUGUGGAUUUGUACUGUGAAUUUCGGAUGUUUGUUUUUGAUAUACAGAUCAUGUGAUAUGGAAUAUUUCUGAUCUCAUGAUCUUGUUUAUUUCUCAAAAUCAAUGAAAUUCUCCACUUUUUUUUCU